CGAGGCUAUCUAAAAGCACUGCAAGCUCGCAUCGGUAUGUUAUUUGCUCAAUUUUACAAUGGAUUCUUGACUGCCGCUUAGAGUUGAGACUCGAAGUACCAGUAAACAACUUUGAUAUAACUCAUGAGCGAUAUCAUGCUAACGCUAUGACCUUCUUUAGCCACUCUUGAAGGAACCCUUCUCCAACAGCAACAGCAGCAGCAGCAAAAUCAAAAUAGCAACACUAAUACGAUCACCAUUUCCCCGGAAGAUACUACGAUUGAUGGAAUGACAUUUACUGAUCACCCACCAUUGUCCUGGGAUUUCCCAAUUACGACUGACGACGACGCUGCUCUUCACGACUUAUGCCAAGGGACAGCGCCCGGCACAGCGUCUGGUGGAUCUUCGUUAGACGGAGGAUCAGUCCACGCUUCGACGUCGCCCAUACAAGGAUUCGAAACCCCAACUGAUGGAGUGGCUUUUUCGGAUGUAGUUCUAGGCCGGAAAAUGUCGGAGCUUUCAGAUGGGUUGGACGGUAUCAACAUCUCAAAUUUGAUGCAAGCAGAUUUAGAUCAGCUUUACUUCGACAGGGUGCAUUCGUUUGCGCCCGUCCUACAUCAACGGCGGUACUUCACGUGGGCGCGUAGCAUGGCGAAGACGGAGGCACAGUCUUGCCUCCGAUAUGCUAUGUGGACCCUUGCCGCAUCCGUAUCGGCGCAUUACCAAAAUAUCGGGGAUUCUCUAUACCGUUAUACCCGGCGAGCCCUCGAGAACCUCGAAUCUAGAAGCAUGGGCCUUGCGAUGACUGAUAUGGAACAAGUCCAAGCCUGGAUGCUCCUAGCUAUCCACGAAUUCAUGUGUGUUGAUUUCAGUCGAGGUUGGAUAAGCGCUGGCCGCGCGUUCAGGCUGAUCCAACUCAACUGGCUUCAAUAUUCUGACGGGACAGAUGUUAACCUAGCACAAACCGACUGGGUCGAUGCUGAGCAGAAGAGGAGGACGUUCUGGCUGGCUUACUGCCUGGAUCGAUUUGUUAGUGUCAGGAAUAACUCGCCAAUGACGUUCAGCGAACAGGUAAUGAGCACAAUCCGCCUGCCGGCACCGGAAAUAGAUUUUCAAAAUGAGCAGCCCACUUUAACGGGCUUCCUCUCGGAGGCAAUUACUGCGAGAGAUGCUAUCGUCGCCUCGACAUUUACUGAGAGUAUCGUCGUGGCCACUGUCAUCGGGCGUGCACUAUCUCAUCGACAACAAUCCAUGGUGGACAACAUCUAUCUCAACGAGUCAAGGGAUUUCUGGGAUCGACACGAAUGGAUUAACGCCAUCCUCAUACAACGGAUGGAUGUUUUCUCGUUAAACUACCCCACCGCCGUGCAGGAGGCGGACCCUAUGGUACUUUUCAUCAGCAUGAUGUGGCGGACGACGGUCCUCUACAUGUACCAAUUGUUGAAGUCGGUAAUCCACCCCACAGAAGAGAAGAGAUCGAUCUUAGCAGACUAUACGAGGCAAUCGACGUUAGCCGCUAAAGAGAUCGUGAAUCUGACUAAUAAGUUAUCUCAAUUAAAUUCCUUCAAGGUGCAUCCUCUUACACCGAUACCACUAUCUCUAUGUGCAGAGUUUUUUGUUUCUUAUCACGAAUUGGGAGAUACAUACAGCAAGCAGCUUCAGGAGAUCACUGAAGCCAUGCAUGGUUUAAUGAGUUUUAGUAAUCUUGGACCAGGACUCGGAGCCUACUCCAGGUAGUAGGGAAUGUUUACGAGAAAAAACAUGUAUUACGCCAUUUAUGUUCUGUUGAAUCUGUAUAAUUGGUCACGGUGGUUGGGGUGCGACAUUGGGCAUGUUCGCGGCACGUCGUCACCAACAUAAUUAUUUGGUGCGACCAAACUUACAAGAAUCGCAUCUGUUAAAUGCUCAAGCAUUGGUGUUUACGGGUUUGUGGCACUGUACUUACUGGGGGGAGGCGUCUAGGAAUGGGUUAUCACGAAGAGCGGACACCACCGCUGGGCAGUACAAUACGAGCGUUCCGGAUGGGUGAUUUUUAAUGAUGACCAUAUAUCAGGGAUACAGUAUAAAUAGCAACAACAUGAUAGAGUAAAUAGUCACGAGACGAAUGCAAUUGAAAGAGAGUUACAGAUA